UAGUGGGCUGAGAACUGAAAGCCCAAAAUCUCUAGAGAAGCAGUCGAUGGCCUACCACUAUAGUUCAUCACCCAUUAACCUAGACGCCUUCUCUGCUACAUUGUUAAACCCUAACCAAAACUCAUUCCCCAGUUCCCAGUUCUCACUUAAUCAGUCUACGAAUUUGUUUAAAAAAAAUGCAAUCUCAGCUUAAAAAAUGAAGCUAAUCUCUGCAACUCUAAGUUUCUUAACCAAAAUGCUUGUAUCUCUCCGCAAUCUCUUACACAUCAACCGCAGCAUCCCUGCCAGAGUAAGCCACCCUUUUCUUCUCUUUCAAAACCCUCAUCUCCUCAGUUUUUCUCCACCCUCCAAUAACUCUCUUGUUUUCUGCCCUUUUGUUUUGUUCACUAGUUUUUGUUUUGUGAUCAAGUUCCCAUUUGGGACUAAGUCUAAUUGUAAUACAAACAUUUUUUUAGAUGAUCUCAGUAGGGAAUCAUUGUGUAAAAUCAUUCGACAGGACCAAUGGAAUGACCCAAAGAUUGUCAGUUUAUUUGGUUCAAGCUUGGCACCCAUUUGGGUGUCUAAGAUUUUGGUUGGUUUGAAACAGGAACCUCAUUUGGCAUUGAAAUUCUUCAAAUUGGCGAAAACCCAGAAAGGGUUUAGCCCUACAAGUGAAUCUUAUUGUAGAUUAGUACACAUUUUGUUUUAUGGUAGAAUGUAUUUUGAUGCUACUGCUGUUCUUAAGGAAUUCAUUUUGUCAAGGCGUGGGGUAGUGCUUCCAGGUUGCGAUUUUUUUGAUGUUCUUUGGUCUACUAGGAAUGUUUGUCCGUAUGGUUUUGGGGUGUUUGAUGCUUUGUUUAGUGUGUUGGUGGAUACGGGAUUACUUGAGGAGGCUAGCCGAUGUUUUACGAAAAUGAAAAGGUUUAGAGUUUUGCCUAAAGUUCGUUCUUGCAAUGCUUUUUUACAUAGGAUUUGUAAGUCGGGGAGGAGGGACCAAUCUCGGAGAUUUUUGGAGGAAAUGGUUGGGGCUGGCAUCGCCCCGUCAGUUUACACCUAUAAUAUAGUGAUAGAUUGUAUGUGCAAAGAAGGGGACUUGGAGACUGCAAGAAUGUUAUUUAGACAAAUGAAAGAGAUUGGCCUAACACCGGAUGUUGUCACAUAUAACUCCCUACUUGAUGGAUAUGGAAAGGUAGGAUUUUUGGAUGAAGUCCUUUUCUAUUUUGAAGAGAUGAAGAACGUAGGGUGUGACCCUGAUGUAAUUACAUACAAUGCCUUGAUAAACUGCUUUUGUAAAUUUCAGAUGAUGCCUCGAGCUUUUGAGUUUUUUCGUGAAAUGAGGAAUAAGGGGUUGAAACCAAAUGUUGUUACUUAUAGCACAUUUAUUGAUGCAUUUUGCAAGGAAGGGAUGAUGCAGCAAGGGAUUAAAUUCUUAGUUGAUAUGAGGCGGCUUGGUCUUUUUCCCAAUGAGUACACGUAUACUUCUUUAAUCGAUGCUAAUUGUAAAGCUGGUAACCUAACUGAAGCAUUGAAGCUGGCUAAUGAGAUGUUGCAGGCAAAUAUUGCCUUGAACAUUGUUACAUAUACAACUAUAAUCGAUGGCCUUUGUGAAGCAGGGCGAACUAAGGAAGCAGAGGAAGUUUUUAGGGCAAUGCUGAAAGCUGGUUUAACUCCUAAUGUGCAAGCUUAUACUGCCCUUACUCAUGGCUAUAUGAAAGUUAAGAAGAUGGAGCAUGCAUUGAAUCUUUUGAAAGAAAUGAAGGAGAAAAGCAUUAAACCAGACCUUUUGUUGCAUGGAACUAUCAUCUGGGGACUAUGCAACGAUGAUAAAAUAGAAGAAACUAAAUGUGUCACCGAUGAAAUGAAGGCAUCUGGACUGAGUCUGAAUCCAGUCAUAUAUACUACAAUCAUGGAUUCUUAUUUUAAGGCGGGGAAAACCAGUGAGGCACUGAAUCUGCUAGAAGAAAUGUGGGACCUGGGAAUUGAAGUUACAGUUGUGACUUUUUGUGUUUUGGUUGAUGGUUUGUGCAAAAAUGGAUUGGUUCUAGAGGCAACUAAUUAUUUCAAUAGAAUGCCAGAUUUCAAUUUGCAACCUAAUGUUGCAGUUUAUACAGUAUUGAUCGAUGGCCUCUGUAAAAAUAAUUUCAUUGAAGCAGCCAAAAGCAUGUUCGAUGAAAUGCUUAGUAAAAAAUUGGUUCUGGAUACAACUGCUUACACUGCUUUAAUAGAUGGAAAUCUGAAGCAUGGGAAUUUUAAGGAAGCUUUGAAUCUGCGGGACAGAAUGAUUGAAAUGGGCAUGGAGCUUGAUUUGCCGGCUUACACUUCCCUGGUUUCAGGGUUUUGCCGAUGUGGCCAGUUAGAGAAAGCAAGAGAAUUUCUGGAUGAGAUGAUAAGCAAGCAUAUUCUCCCUGAUGAAAUUCUUUGCAUUGGUGUAUUAAGGAAGUACUAUGAGCUCGGACAUGUUACUGAAGCCAUUGAGUUGCAAAAUGAAAUGGCUAAGAUGGGUUUAAUUACUAGUCCCGUCCAUCUUGCUGUUCCGAGUGUACAAACUUAAAGUCUAAUUGUCUGGUCCUCUUGUUCAAGCUGUGUACAAAACAUGAACUGGAGGACUGGGGUGUACCAUAAAAUAGAAUAAGAAACUGUGGGCAAUCCUGGUCGUGAGAAUGCAAACAUGUUUGAGCAGAAUCGUUAAUAACGAAUCCUUACUGUGUUGUUUCUUAAUGAUGCAAAACUUUGGGCAGAAGAUGUUUUUUUGGAGCCAAAAAAGCUUUUGAUGCACUGUGCAUAGAUCGUAUGUUCCAUCCCUUGAUGCUGACUGGUAAAGCAAAGCUGCAUUUCUCAGUCCGCAACUCCGCAUACUUGUACUCUGACUGUCGGUGCAGAUAAAAAGGUUUACAGCAGAUGAUACUGUUCUCUUCAGGUAAGUUUUUAGUAUUAUAUAUUUUUCCCUUUAUUUUAUAUGGGGAAACUAGUGCCAUAAAAACUGUGAAACUGGUUUCUUUUUUCCGUUUCCAAUUCCAUAUUUAAUGAUGAAUCAUUAUUUCGGUUAUGUGUUUAUGGAUGUAUAUUUUUAUGUUUAAUUACUUCGGUUUAGAUAUCUAGGAUUGUUGAUGUGUUAUAGGUAAUGGAAUUAUUGAGCUUGUGUAAACUGACAAGGAAGGCUAUGUUUGACCUGCAAACACAGAGGAUAUCAAAUGGAGAUUGGAAUUUGAUUUCUGGGACUCCAAUGUCAAACUCAAUGGAGGAGAAUGUUAAAUGUCUUCUCCAGUUGUGGGUUUGAUGGGUAUUAGACUAAUGUAUAUCGUGUUGGAGGUAGUAGAUCUGGGUGAUGCUAUAAGCAUGACAUGGUUUGUGUGCAUCAGAGACAACAGCGAUAGCGAAGCGACAGUGGUUUGUUUUCUGGGCCCUUCUGCACCACAUUGAGGAGAUCAGAUAGCGUUGGAGUUUGAAUUAUUGAACGAGCCAAUGAAGGUUCAGAGGAUCUCUGUAUGGAAUCGGAAGAAACAUUAUCUGUUUGGGAAGCUUGGACAGUGUUAAUCUAUUAUGCCUGAUUGAUCUGCAGUUGUAGUAGGCUUGACAAGUAUAAAACAGACACAUAUCGUGUUGGCGUUGGCAUAUGUCCGGCAUGUAAAGCUCCGGGUAAAUGCCAGGAUUAUGUGCAUUGAGUGAUAUCGAAGCAGAAAGCCGGACAGGCAACGAGGUUGGUUUUUUGGGGCUUACUUCUAUGAUCCUUUGAGGAGUCGGACAAUGAACGGGUAAAUUAUAAAAAUAAUUACUUUUGUUUGCUUUAGAUUAUAUUUUAGUUGCUUAUGUUUGAAAUGUUACGUUUUAGUUGCUUACGUUAUGAUUUUGUUAGGAAGUGCCCACUCUACCAUUAAAUUUCAUUACCUCCCUAACAGCAGUUCUACGUUACAGUUUACAUAGAUUUUAAAUACCAACUUAAAUGUUCAAUUAUUGGUAUAAAAAUAAGUUUCUAUUUAAAUAAAUUUAAUUUGGACUGUCACGUAACACAUUCAAGUUGGUAUUUAAAAUCUAUUUGAAUUGUCAUGUAGAAUUGCCGUUACGUAGGUAACGAAGUUUAAUGGUAGAGUGAUCACUUCGUAACAGAACGAUAACGCAAGUAAGUAAAACGUAAUAUUUCGAACGUAAGUAACUAAAACGUAAUAUUUCAAAUAUAAAUGACUAAAAUGUAAUAUGAAGUAAAUAAAACUGAUUACUUUUAUAGUUUACCCGACAAUGAACAUGCUCGACCACCUAACUUUUUAUAGGAGUCUGAAUAGUUUGCAGAAUUAUGAAUCAUUCAUGUAAAAACUAGUUUUAAAGUUGUAAGCAUUUCAGUGAUUCGGAGCUUUAGUUUUCGAACAUAAUAAUACUCUCAGUACAGAUCACACUUUAGCAUA